AUGGAACAGGCUCUACAGCUGCCGAGACUUCUCCACUUGGACACGUUUGUAUCUCAGCCCAAGUUUCUUGACCCGAUUGAUCCGCCCACAGUGCCAUUUCCCCCUCCGACAUGGUGCAUGCAUGAACCACCAAGAACCAUCUCACUACUUGACGUAUAUAAGGAUCAUGUCCUUAUUGCCACGCAUACUGUGGAUCAAAAAGCGUUUUAUCUUGUUGGAAGAAAUGCAGCUGUGUGUGACAUUGUGCUUAGUCAUUGCUCCAUCUCGAGAUUGCAUGCGACUAUUGUCCAUCAUGAAAAAGGUGCAACUUAUUUAGUCGACCUUGGAUCGGCUCACGGAACAUUCGUCGACGGUUUAAGGUUGACUGCAUUGCAGCCGACACUCGUUUUACACGGCUCCGUACUAAAAUUUGGCGGAUCUUCGCGUUCGUACACUUUUAAGACUUUUGAUUCACGCGAGCAAAUAGCAAAGAUCAUUAGCAACCGCGUGGGACUUCCUCCUGAUGAGCUUCAGCUUCAACAAAAUACAAUGUUAAACUCUCAGAUAACGCAUCGAUUGGAGCUGUCGCCAACGCUGCGAAAUAUGCCUCCAAUGUUUCCAAUGGCACCUGUGAGUCAGAUUUCGUCUCAAGCUCCUGAUCAGGAUGCACCCAUGUUAAUGGCGCCCGAUUGCGAUCACUCAGAGAGUGUAGAUGGUGUUCAGCUGUUGGGACUUGCAGGAUUUGGAUCUGUAAAAAAGCGUUCACGUGGACAAUCAGGGAACUCGCAGGCCUCAGGUUCAUCCGACCAGAGUGGUAGCACAGCAGACCUUAGUGUGUGUCUAGACGACCCGGCCGAUGAACAGCAAGGAGAAUCCAAACGCGUUCACUUUAGUGGGCAACCACCCGAGAUAAUCCCCGAUAAUGGGGCAGCAUCUGAGGAACCAAUAGACUACAAAUCAGGUGCUGCAAGAAACCAAGAGAUACAAUGGACAGAAUUGGGCACUAGCGAUUGA